AAAUUCAUAACUAAACACCAAAGCAAUCGCUCGAAACCCCUUACAAACAUACAUCUCUCUUUACAUAUACAUAACAAAACUCAUUUUGUGAGGCCAUGUCAGGCGUUUGGGUGUUCAACAACGGAGUGAUACGUCUAGUGGAGAACCCGAAUCAGUCCGAUGGAGUAGCCACACAGGCACACGGCCGGAGAUAUGUCUUGGUUUACUUGCCGACCGGUGAAGCCGUCUCUUCUCACUCGUCGCUUGAACAAAUCUUAAGGAGCCUCGGGUGGGAAAGAUACUUCAGUGGAGACUCCGAUCUCAUCCAGUACCACAAACGCUCCUCCAUCGACCUCAUCUCCUUACCAAGAGACUUCUCCAAGUUCAACUCCGUUUACAUGUACGACAUCGUUGUCAAGAACCCUAAUUCCUUCCACGUCCGCGAUUUCAAAUGAAAUCCCACUUGAGUUAAUUACUCUCGACCAAGAGGUCUAGUUUGUGUUUGUUUUGUUUCAACCGGGAAAUUCCAGACAUAAAUCUUAUACUAUAAA